AUGGGAAUAAAAGGGUUGAUGAAACUGAUCGGCGAUGAGGCUCCCUCCUGCGUAAAAGAAGGCGAAAUGAAGAAUUAUUUCGGGAGGAAAAUUGCCGUCGAUGCUUCUAUGUGUUUGUAUCAAUUUCUGAUUGCGGUGCGUCAAGACGGUGCUCAACUGACGAAUGAAGCUGGAGAGAUUACUUCUCAUUUGAGCGGAAUGUUCUACCGAACGGUUAGGAUGAUCGAGAACGGGCUCAAGCCAGUGUACGUUUUCGACGGCAAGCCACCUGAGAUGAAGUCGCACGAAUUGAAGAAACGAGCGGAAGGCCGCGAAAAAGCAAAGGACGAGCUCGAAGAGGCAAAAGAAACUGGAACUGCGCAAGAAAUCGAUAAGCAGGAGAGGCGACUCGUGAAAGUUACAAAAGAUCACGUCAGGGACGCGAAGAAGGUGCUAGAACUCUUGGGAGUUCCUUACGUCGAGGCACUCUCAAAUCUUAUUGAACACUCUUCAAUCCUUUCAAAAGAUUCCUUGUGCUUCAAGACCCCCGUUCUUCUCCGACGAUUGACGAUGCCCGAAUCUCGAAAGCUGCCUGUUCAAGAGCUCCACUACGAAAAGAUCAUGUCGGUUCUUGGACUAACUCACGCUCAAUUCGUCGAUCUCUGCAUCCUCAUGGGCUGCGACUACGUGCCAAACAUCAAGGGCAUUGGUCCGAAGAAAGCGUUCGAGCUCAUCAAAAAACACGACAACAUUGAGACGAUCCUCCAAAACAUUGAUUUGGAAAAGUACAAGGUUGUCGACGACUGGCAGUACAAGGAUGCCAGGCGAUUGUUCGUCGAGCCUGAAGUGUACAAGAAUAUCGACCCACCGAAGUGGAAAUCGCCCGAUAUCGAAGGAAUGAUCGAAUUCAUGUGCGUAAAGAAUGGAUUCAACGAAGAGCGAAUUCGCAGCGGUCUCAAACGACUUGAAAAGUCCAAAGGGAAAAUCAACCAGGGACGAAUGGACGACUUUUUCAAAAUCUCCAAAGUCGUCUCCACCUCCAAACCGACCCCAAAGAAAGACGCGAAACGAAAAGCUGGAAAGCAAAAAGGCAACACAGCCAAGAAGCUCAAGCGUUAA